AUGACUUCUUACAAUCAAAUUAAUGAAAUGAAUUCACAUGAUUGUCAUGAAAAUAAUCAUUCAGAUGAACAACAUCAACAACAAAUAUCAGUCGAUCAACAGAUAAAUACAUUAAAAAAACAACUUGAAAUAGAAUUAAAAGUAAAAACAGGUGCUGAAUCAAUUUUAAAUACAUAUACAGGUCAAAAGAAAGAAACUUAUCGGAAAAUGUGUGACGAAGCUCAAAUUGUUCUCAAAGAUGCAAAAGCAAAAGCUGAUUUUUUACGAAUGCAAAUCAAACGAUUAGAAAAUGGUUCAAAUGAACAUUCAUCAAAUACAAUUUCAUCAAAUAGUGGAAAUGAACAAAAUCCUAUUCAUCAACGAAUUACAGCACUUAAAAAACAAUUAGAAAUCGAAACAAAAGUUAAAGCGGGUGCUGAAACACUUUUAACAACAUAUAGUGGACAAAGAAAAGAAUCAUCAAGAAAAAUGUGUGAUGAAGCACAAAUUUUAUUAAAAGAUGCUAAAGCUAAAGUUGAAUAUAUUCGAUUAGAAAUCAAACGUCUUGAAACCGAAUUAUUAUUACCUAAAAAUGCAAAUAAUUCCAAAGAAAAUAAUUAUUCGAAUGAUCAAGCAUUAUGGCCAUCUGAACAAUCAAUAGAACAAUUAGAACAUCAUCUAACUAUUGAAACAACAAUGAAAAAAGGUGGAGAAAAUGCUGUUAAAGUUCUUAAACAAACUGGUGCGAAAAAAGAAGUUUUAGCUGAAGCACAUCAAAGUUUAUUUGAAUCGAAACAAAGAAUUGCAUUACUUGAAGAAGCACUUAGAAGAAGAUAUAAAAAACGAAAUGAAACGAAUUCAAAUCGUCAUAUAUCAACACUGUAUGAUGAUAGUGUAUUAAAACCAGCUGCUGUUACUGGUAAACUUCAAGUUCGACUUCUUGGUUGUCAAGAUUUAUUCGAAGAUGCACUUCUUCCAGCUGUUACUAAACGCGACAGUUUCGGUUCAAGUCCAGAUGCAAAAUAUAGAACAAUACGUGGAAAAACUGAAUUAUCGAAUGAAAUCAAUGCUAUACUACGUGUGGAUAAUGUUCGAAGUGUAGAAACUGGUUAUAGACCAUGUAGUCAACAAGCUUGGGAUCAACGUUAUACAAUUGAACUUGAUCGAGCUCGUGAAUUGGAAAUAAAUAUAUUCUGGCGUGAUUAUCGUAAUAUGUGUGCUAUACGUUUUCUUCGACUAGAAGAUUUUAUCAAUCCAAAUAAUGAAAUUAGUGGAAUGAUUAUUCAUUUAGAACCACAAGGGGUUCUUUUUGCUGACAUUAAAUUUAUCAAUCCAUUAGUUAAAGCUGCACCAAAAUUAAAACGACAAAAAAAAUUAUUUACAAAACGAAAAGGAAAAAAUUUACCACGUCCAUCACAUAUGCGUAUUGAUGUAACAUUGUGGUAUCGAUUAAUAACAAAAGGUGUUAUAACACCGAAUUGUUAUGAUGGAAAUUCGACAGUAUCAUCAUCACUUCCUACAUCACCAACACCAUCACAUUAUGCUCAAUAUGACAUGACGCAAACGGAAGGAACACGUCCAUCGGAAACUGGUCCAUUUAGUCCAACUUUUUCACAAUUUGAUGAUGAUACAUCUCCUCCUCAAACUCAUUAUGUUCGUCCAAAUAAUUUAACAAAACAAAUUUCAAUCCCAAAUGAAAUGCCAACGAAUGGUUCAUCAAUAAUAAAUGAUAAAAAUAAAAAUGCUUUAAAAGGUCCACCACCACCCGUCGCUCCAAAACCAUCAUGGCCACGACAAACAAGUACAACAGCAGCUGCAGCAACAGCUAUAAUUCCACCAUCAACUUCACAAACAUCCUAUGCUCAAUCUACUGACGAAAAUAACUCAACAAAUGAUCUUCCACGCUCAAAUGUAAUUCAUACUGAACGACAACCAUCUCAAAAAUUUAAUCGAUCAUCUUCAAUGAAUCAAAUAUCAACAAAUAUUGCUCAAUUACAAGACAUUGUUCCACCAAGAAAUAAAUCUCUUAGUAUACCUGAUUCACGAUUUCCAAAAGGUGUUCAUAUUGAUGCAUUUCGUCUUGUUAGUGUAUUAGGUCGAGGUCAUUUUGGUAAAGUAAUAUUAUCCGAAUAUCUUCCUCGUCGUGGAGAUUAUUAUGCAUUAAAAGUAUUGAAAAAAGGUGAUAUAUUAGCACGUGAUGAAGUUGAAUCAUUAAUGUCAGAAAAACGAAUCUUUGAAGUAAUUAAUCGUAGUCGUCAUCCAUUUUUAAUCAAUCUUUAUUCAUGUUUUCAAACACGCGAUCAUGUUAUAUUUGUUAUGGAAUAUGCAUUUGGUGGAGAUCUUAUGAUGCAUAUACAUCAAGAUGUUUUUGAUGAACAACGUGCAUGUUUUUAUGCUGCUUGUGUUGUAUUAGGCUUAGAAUUUUUACAUUCACAUAAAAUUGUUUAUCGAGAUCUUAAACUUGAUAAUUUACUUUUGGAUCGUGAAGGUUAUCUUAAAAUUGCUGACUUUGGACUUUGUAAAGAAGGUAUUGGUUAUGGUGGAACGACAAGUACAUUUUGUGGUACACCUGAGUUUUUGGCACCUGAAGUACUUACUGAAUCAUCGUAUACACGAGCUGUUGAUUGGUGGGGUUUAGGUGUUUUAAUCUAUGAAAUGUUAGUUGGAGAAUCUCCGUUUCCAGGUGAUGACGAAGAAGAAGUGUUUGAUUCGAUUGUAAAUGAUGAAGUCAAAUAUCCAAAAUUUUUAUCUGUAGAAUCUAUUACUAUUAUGAAACGAUUACUCCGUAAAAAUGUUUCACAUCGAUUAGGUGCUGGUGAACAUGAUGCUGCUGAUGUUAAACGACAAUCUUUUUUUAAAAAUUUAAUUUGGGAUGAUUUACUUUCAAAAAAAAUCAAACCACCUUUUGUUCCUACUGUGCGAAGUCCUGAUGAUGUGUCAAAUUUUGAUACGGAAUUUACAUCAGAAGAACCAAUCUUAACACCAGCUAAAGAUCCUCGUCCAAUUCGUGAUGAUGAUCAAGAACAUUUUUCAGGAUUUGAUUAUGUUAAUGAAUGGUAA